UAAAAAAAUUAUAUUGUUUUAAAAAGAAAUUCGUUUUAAUAUUGAUAUCGACAGAAGUAAUUGAUAGAGUGAUAAAAUAUUUUUUUCGUGAACAAAAAAAAAUAGAAAGAAAGGAAAUAAAAGAAGAAAGAAAAGAAAAGAUGAAAAGUAACAUUUUCAUCAUCGCCGCCGGAUGAUUAUUCUUGGUAGGAUAACAGAGCAUUUGAAUACGAUGCUGGUAUAAUCAGGGAAGGAAGCCAUUAUCUUUGCUUCCAAUCCUCAUCCCCUUUCCAACCGCCUAAAUUAUCAAAGCCUGCCCUAAGAAGGAUAAAGCUGCAUUUGAAUUACUCGCGCGACCGACAGAGCUUCUUAGGAGUUUAAAUUAGAGGCCGAUCGUGCUUAACGCUCAUUUAAUUAUCCAAUCAUUAAUUAUUCAAGUCCAUAGUUUGAUCUUCAGGUUUGCCUUCAGUGGUCAAGAAAAUUACUAAAUGAGAUGAAACAAUUUGUUGAUAAUAAUAUUGGAAUGCACGUAAUAUAUUAUCAUGGACUUUAUAACAGAUAUAUUAAGAUGUAUAAUUUGGAGACAUUUAUAUAAAGAAUAUAAAGAGAAGUAAAAAAAGGAUUAUCAAGGAUUAUAUUUCUAUGAAAGGAUCAACAAACGUUAUGUUUAUAAAUAGAAAAGAGAAUUUAAUUUUACAGAGAAAUUAAAUUUUCAUUCCAUGUUAUUAAUUUAAAAAGAAGAAGAGAAUUUUGGCAUCGUGAAUUUUAGAUUCAAGGAAUGAUUAUGUCUGUGACGGUAACUCCUUUGAAACCAGCUCGAGGACGGGGUCCAGCUGAUGGCCGUGCAUUUUUUGAAACGUUGUGGAGAGGAAAUUUUUUUCUGGAUAGGCAGAAAGUAAUGAAACGAUCGCGAAAACGAAAAUUGCAAACAGCGAAUGGAAAGAAGCGUGCACAACUGCAGAUGCGACAGCAUUGUUGCUGUUGUCAGCGCAUACAACUCCACCUCCUCGCCGGACGGCGAAGCAACAUGCGCUCCGUCGUCAGUGUACGAGAGACACACCAGAUUGCCGAAGCGCAACAAGAAAAAAAUGCAAAGCUACGCGAAGCAUUUGGCAUAUCGGAAUUCUUCGUGGAGGGAAGUAGCCUAGAUCCGGAGAGGCACGCGCGCGAGGCUGAAGCAAGAGCAGCAGCGAGCAAAGUGUAUGAACUAGUACGAACACCAAGUCCAGCUCCGGACACAACAUCCGCUCCAGAGAAGAAGAAACGAAAGCGGUCCGCUAGUGCAAUCAAAAAAAAAAAGGGAAAGAAGCACAAGAAGGAAAGGUCGGAAUCUCCAAAGGCUAGCAAAAAGAAAGAAAAAUCUAAAAAGAAAAAAAAGGAGAAGAAACAUAAGAAGACUGAGGCUAGUUCCUCUGACAGUGAUUCUAGUGAAGCUUCAGAUGAUAGCAGUUCUUCCGAAACUGAAUCGAAGAAGAAAAAGAAAAAGAAGAAGAAGAAAGCCAAAGCAGAGACAAAAGAAAAACAUGAGAAGAAAAAAAUAGCCAUCAAGAGGAAGCAUCAGUCAUCUGAAAGUUCAUCAGAUAGUUCUCCAGAGAGGCCGAAAAAAUCUAUGAAACAUGACAAAGCUGUUGAAAAAAAUAAAAACGAUGAGGGAGAGAAUACAACAAAAGAAUCUCGAUCAAAUCGUUCACCAAAGAAGCAAGAAAAAGGUCGAAAUGAAACUCCACCCAUUAAAAGAAAAGAUUCUCCUGUUAAAAAAGUUGUACCAGAAAAAAAGGAUAAAUCACCAGUUGUACACAAAAGUCCUCCACCAAGAAGACAUAGAUCACCAUCAAGAAGUAAGGCUGAUAGAGGAAGAUCUCCUAGAAGAUAUUCAAGAUCACGACGAAUUAGUCCUUCACCAAGAAGAAGAAGAAUCUCGAGAUCUCCGAGGAGAUAUAACAGAUAUUCUAUAUCUAGAAGUAGAAGUCGAUCGAGGUAUGAUCGUUAUGGAUCACGGCGGAGAUUGUCACCUCUUCCUAGACGUAGAAGAUCUGAUUCUCGACGGAGAUCAAGAUCACCUAGGAGACAGAGGGAUAGACGGGAAAGAUCUAGGGAACGUCGUAGAAGUCGCAGCAGAACAAGAAGUAGAUCUAGACGAUCCACCUUGAGCUACUCUCCUGUAAGAAAAAAUCCAGAACGAUACAGACACAUAUUAGAAGAAAAUAAAAAACGAGAUCAAAAGAAGAACCACGAUAACAAACGGAAAUCUCGGUCAAAUUCUAAAACCAGAAAAUUGCGAACAAUUACUCCAAGAGUUAGACUGCGUUCUUCGAGUGAGGAUGAAACUGAUAUAGCAGAUGAUGAACCCAAAGCAGAAGAUGAAGAAAAAAUUAAAGAAUUGCAUACUUUGAAACGUUUGCAGAGUGGAUUAGCCGCAAAAGCUAGAGAAACUCUUGGGAAAAAGGUAAUAAGUCCUACGAAAAUUAAAAUUGAAAAGAAAGAAGAUAAUAUAUUGGAUAUAGCUUUACCAAAUGAGCCGCCCAAAAUAGUACAAAAUACUAUUGGUCCUAUACAAGAAAAGUCUAAGUCAAAAUCACCUAUAUCUCAUUUACCUACUAUUCAGUCCCCAGUAUCUAGCAGAUCACCUUCGCCAGCAUUGCCAUUAACAAGAGAAGAAGCAGCUAUAAAAAUACGAUCUCCUAGUGAGUCACCUCCUCCUUUGCCACCAGUCAUAAAUAAAAUAGAAUCAAGAUCACCGAAUGUGACAGCUAAAACUAAUCAUCGAUCAAAAUCUCCAAGUACUUCCAAGAAGAAUUCACCAGUUAUUUUAAGGAAACACUCGUCACAAAGUAAAUCAUCUUCACAUUCACCGCCUGUAUCUAUUUCUCACAAAGAUACUACUAUAAAAUUGCGUUCUCCAAGUGAAUCUCCACCUCCGAUUACGAAUAAUAAAUCGAAGCAAAAAUCUGUUUCACCAACCGCUUCAAAAAAGAGUUCCCCUGUUUCUAGAAAGCAUUCUCCAAGGGAUAAAUCUUACUCCAGAUCGCCUUCCAAGUCGUACACGAGAUCUGUAUCGUUGGAAAAAAGGUCUUCCAGAUCGCCUCGGCGACAUUCAAGAUCCAUUUCUACAGACAAGAAAUCGCGUUCUGUUUCGAGGAGUAAGAAAUCAGCAUCUCCUAGACAUAGGUCUUCAACAUCACCAUCGAGAUCCAAAAAAUCUCCUAAAUCACCGGUGAGGUCAAAGAGAUUAAGCAGAUCAAGGUCUUCUUCGGAAUCAAAACGUUCCUUAUCUAGGUCUCCAUCACGUUCAAAAAAAUCUUCAUCUCAUUCUCCGGAAAAAUCCAGAAGUAGAACAAGGUCGUUGUCAAAAGGAUCUAGAAGUCGAUCUCUUUCAAAAAAAUCUAGAAGUAGAUCUUUGUCAAAAAAGUCGCGUAGUCGUUCAUUAUCAAAGAAAUCUAGAAGUCGAUCACUUUCUAAGAAGUCAAGAAGUCGUUCGCGAUCGUUGUCUAGGGUAUCACGAGAUAAAGAAAAAAGAAGUCAUAGCAGGAGUAGUUCACGUUCUUCUUUAAGUUCGAGGCAUAGUCGCAGAAGUUUCUCUAGUUCAUCCCGAUCAUCAAGCAGUGUUUCUAGUAGGUCUUCUCGUUCAACGUCUAGCAGUUCUGUUUCUAGCAGAUCUCGUUCUCCGUCGAUACCUCGACGUCACGGUUCACCUAGCUUUUUAGAUAGACGUCGUAUUACAAGCGCCAGGAAACGACCAAUUCCAUAUCAUCGACCUACUCCAACACCACCUUCGUCACCGAGUAGUUCAGAUAGCAGCAGACAUAGUAAUUGGUCAAGUCCAAGUCAUCGAUCAAGUUGUUCUCCGAGUCGAAGUCCAUCAUACACUCGUUGAAGCAAUCAAGCGGAUUCUUACUCGACGUUCCUUUUACGUAUCAGAUUUGGAAUGGCAUAUAUCGUGAAGAUCCAUCAAUGCUUUUUUAUGUUAAAUCAUAUUUGUUGAAAAUUGGCACGAAUAUAAAAAAAAGUUUCAUGUAUUUUUUUGGAUCAGAUAGGUACAAAAAGAAUAGGCCAUUCUAAGUUUGGUGCAUGAUCUUUAAGUCUUUGUAAAUUCAUAAUAUGCAUUUACAUGUCUGAUCUCGUAACUUAAUAAUACUCACUGAUGAUAGUACAUUAUAUCAUCAGCUUCAGUAUUAAUAUAUUAACGUUAUUGCUCCAUUUUUAUUUUAAUUAGACAUUAGGAAAGAAUGAUUUUAAUGUACUUACAGAUUGGUAUUUAUAUUAUUAUUAAUCUAAUUAUUAUUAGGAUAA